GCCUUCCCUUCUCGUGUGUUUCCGUCGCCGGUGGCCGCAGCGCUUCGGUCCCUCUCGGCUCUUUCCGCCGCGGCGGGCUGCUGCCUUCGGCUCGGCUCGGCUCGGCUCCGCCCGCCCGCCCAGCCCAUGUCGGACGUGCUGGCCGCCGGCGGCGGCUCCUGCUUCGAGCCCCCGGCCGCCGGGUCGCCGGGCGGCGCCGCGCUCCGGGUCCCCGCAGAAAAUGAAGACUCAGGCCAAAAGAUGGAGCCUGCAGAUCAGCUGAUUGAUUCUUUGGAGUCCAAAACUUCGCAGAGCGGGUCGCAGAUUGGGUUGCUCAUGAGUGCGGGCGUGACAGAGGAUUUGAAAGAAGCAGCCAGCACUUUGGAGGAUCAGGAGGUGGCUGAACUAGAUGAGAAGCUGCCUGACCAAAUCCAGUCCCUCAAAGAGGAGGCUGUUGUUCGGAUCACCAACUACCAUGUACCUCAAGGAGCAGGGGAUAUAGUCAUGAUUCAGUCAGAUCACACUGGUGCUGUGGAUAUUCUUUCAGCUGAGCUGGAGACUGCAGACCUCCUUGGGGAGCAGAGGAAAGCUCAGCCUCCCCCUCUGGCUCCCCCCACAUUGUGGACCACUGAGAAGACAAAGGAAUUCAAAGCCAAGAUGGGAAAGGAGAAGAAUGGCCGGAUGGUGGUGAAGCGAGGCGAGGUGGUGACAGUCCGUGUGCCAACUCAUCCUGAUGGGAAAUGCAUCUGCUGGGAGUUUGCUACAGAUGACUACGACAUUGGGUUUGGAGUCUAUUUUGACUGGACCACGGUUACUAGCACUGCCAUUACUGUUCAGGUCAGCGAAUCCAGUGAUGAGGAGGAUGAAGAGGAGGAGGAGGAAAUUGAAGGACUUGCCCCUGUUGGUGAUGUGGAAAGGGGCUCCAAAAGCUAUCUGCGGAACCGCUAUGGAGAGAUCAUGCCAGUAUAUCGGAGGAACAGUCAUCGGGAGGUGCAGGCAGGCAGCCAUGAGUACCCAGGCGAGGGCAUCUACCUGCUGAAAUUUGAUAACUCAUACUCUCUCCUCCGCAAUAAGACUCUGUUCUUUCAUGUUUAUUACACUAGCUGAAGAAACGGGAAGGGGCAGGGACGGCAGGCUGGUAAUCGUGAGUGUUAGCAGGCUGCCACCUAGCCCUGGUACCACCUGAUGGGGACUGCUGUGUGACAGAACCAAGGCACAAUUCUGCCGGCUGCUCUUCAGACACUAACUGGUUUCCCCCUGCACCCUCCUUCCCCACUGUCCCAGUGGAGAAAGGUAGCUGUGACUGCCUGUUUGUCCACAGGCAGCUGCUCUUUCUGUAAAACUUAAGGAGGUCUGCUCUGUGCAGGCAUCGGGCUGGGCCGUCAUGUCACAGCUGGUGAAUGCCCAGAGGCCAGGUUCAGGUAGUCAUGGUUUUGAUCUGUUGUGCUGGUACAAAAUGAAGUGAAAAUAUUCUUGAUCUGUUACUAUUUUGUGAAUAACUCUUCUGACUCUCCUGCUGCAUCUGCAUCACUAGAGGGCAGCUAUUGGUAGCAACGAGCCAAAAGCACAGCUGGCCUGUCGACUAGCCACUGAUAAUCUCAUCACCUGCCGCCACUACAUGUCACCGGCAGCCAGUGCGUCCUUCACUCGUGCGGGUGGGGGUGCAGCUGGCCAGGGGCAGCCAUGCUGCAGUGGCUAGGCCAUGGUACAACAGGCGGGCCCCAAGCAGCAGCCACUGCAUGUGUUUGAGCAGGGGGUGGGGGGAGGGUGCACACCUGGAAGUCUGUAAGGUUUUCCUACAGAUUAAGAAUUUUGUUACACCUGUUGGUCGUAGGGAUGUGUAGAUGAUUAAAACUUCAGUGACCACCAAAAGUUUUUUUUUCUGUAAUCCAGAUAUGAAGCAGAAGAAAUUACUUACUGCUGUGCUGAUUAAAUACAAAACGGUUGGCGUACAACCAAUAAAUGUACAGGGAAUAUUGCUUAGUAGCAGCAUGUUGGUUCACUGGUAUUGCUGCCAGCUGAAUAAUAUGAUAUAUAGCAAGGAAAAGGCUCCCCAGAGGAGUGUAGCUUGUCGGCUGCUAUUGCUGUUGCAAAGGUAUUGCUAGAAAAGAAUAUCUCUGCUCAGAGACUCCAAAGGUGUGGCAUUUAACCAGUCCUUUCUGUGAACCAGAAUCAGCAAAGCCGUUGCUAACCCUGACCACAAGGUAAAGGGUGGAGUUCUGUGGUGUGUUUUGGUGGCUAGCAAUGGCAUUAGUGAUAACCUUCUGCUCAAGUACCGGCGGAGUUGAGCAAGGAUUAAGCUAAUCCUUCAUGGAUGAAUUUUAAAUCAUGUUUAUCUGUAACUCUUGUUUAUUUUAAUACUUAUAACUUCAAAUCAUCCUCUUUUCUAAGAAUACUGCUGUAUUUACAUUUUGAUACCUCUUUGCAGAGACAAAAAAUGGCUUGUUUGCGUGGUGAUUCUAGUAGAGUCCUGAGUUUAUUUUUGGAUCCUCCAGGUAAAGCGCCUCUGCUUGGUGCGUUCCUUCUAUCGAGAGGGAAUGAUGGACAAAAUUUUUGUGUAUUUAAAGCCAAAGAUUUCACUCUCGUAGAAGGGCCACAUAUUUCCUAUUAAGGCUAUAUUGUAAUGCUGUGCAAUUUGUUCCAUAUUCAAGCUCUCCUUUUAAUUAUCUCUGUUUACUUACUCACUGCCCCAGAGCACUCAGUAGGUCAAAACAGUAUGAGAGAGAGCAGUCAGUCUACAGUAGGGCAGCCCGAGCUGGGAGCAGGAGGAGUGGAAAUGCAAAGAAACACUGGUUGGAGCGCAGUGGCUUUCUGGGUGAGCAGGCAGGGAGCAGAGCUGGUCAGGGUAAGGAGCAGAGUUGUUGCUGCUUUGGGCCAUAAGAUGGGGAGAAGACAGCUGCCUUUUGAGAAAGAGGGUGAGCGAGCAUGCACCUGGAUGGGGGGAACUGCAAAGCUGUCUUAUUCAAGCAGGGGCAACCACAGGACAACCUUGCAAGGAGACAAAACAGUAGGGCUUGUUAUCUGUCAGAGUAAGAUGCUCUUUCAUUUAGCAGCGUGAGGAGGACCGUUCCUUCCUUUAGCCUCUCUUGGGCGAGAUGAAGGACCAUCCUGUAGCCUGUAUACAGCACAUGAAUCACGCCUGAGCAACUGGUUAAGGUGCUCUCCUUUAUCAAGUUCCUAGACACUAAACAGAAGAAGAUAGGAAAGGGCCUUCAGUCUGACCACAAUGUCAACACUGCUCUACUCAAUGACUGCCUUUGGUCCUUUGCUGUGAGAUCUGGGGAAUCCUGUGUGCAUUUGCCGAUUAACGUGUGAUGCAGUGUCUGGCAUCCACUCCACUUCCUAAUUAGGAUUUAUUUAUAAUGAAGGGAACUCUGACCUGAACAUACAUUAGAUUUUCCAGAAUUACUGAUCCUCAGUUGCAUGGCUUAUUGCAGGCUAGUGGGUUAUCUCCACUAAAAAACUCUUCCUCUUAUAGUGUGGCCUCCCUGAUGCGAACUUGCAGCUACUUCUGCCCUGUCUGUCUGUUGUUCAUAUUAAGGUUUGAAAUACCUUUUGUCUUGUUGUAAGAGGUUAAUAAGGCCUGCUUCACAACCAGUUUUGAUUGCUCAUUGACACAUAAAUACUAUGUGUCAGUUUUCAAGUCAUUAGUUAGUGCUUUUUGUUAAGAUAAGUUGCACUGUAGAUGGUAAUCCUAAUGCUCAGUUCUAGCUUCCUGAAGUAUGGACCAGCCUUUAAUAAGGCUCAGGUCACUUGUUUGAAACUGUGCCCAUCUCCUAGUCUCAUUGAUUUAAGCCCAGCAGCAACAUCGAAUAUGGUAUGUCAUCCCAAUCAUCAUCAGUGCCUGGCCUGCAAAUGUGUGCCCAGAGAUAGGCCUGCUGCAGUGGAACUGAAAGCGUUUGGUGUGCAUUAUUUCACUGCUUAAGUUUCCCAGAAGUAUUUGGUAUCUCUUAUGAACACAGGAUAGUUUUAGGCCCGGAGUAUUUCAUCUUCAGGAAACAGAAGCUCUGCAAUUUUACAGGAUAAUUCCUCUUUUCGGUUUUUUUAAAUUCCCAUAUUAUGUUUAUGUUGUUUCUCAGGUAUUCAGAUAGCAUUCAUUAUCCAAGUGACAGCUUCUCUUUGGAAGGAUAUUUAGUCUUCAUUAAUUUUCUGAUAAAUCCAAUAGCUUGGCUGUGUGGCUAGUGAUUAACAGCAGCCAUUCCCAUUCAAUAUCAAACCCAUAGUUAGUUGAAGGAAGUAAUUUAUUUCUCACGCAUCCUUUUUUCCUCCAUUUUGGUGUAUCUUCUGGAUUUGUAUCCAGUCCUGCUAUCUGGCUAAGGUAGUUAUUUUAACUGGAGACCUUGGAACCAGGCCUUGUGUCUAGAAAGAAAAAUGAAUUAAAAAGCAGUUGCACUUCAGAGGGGGUAAUUAAUCUGUGAGAAAGGAAAAUUCCUCGUUUCUGUGGAAGGAAUAUUUUAGAUAGGGUUUUAAAAAUGUGUUUCUUCUCCCUGUACAUUGUGGCUAGAAAUCCAAAAAGCUUAAUCAAGGAAAAAACUUACUUUUGCACUUCUGGGUUUGCUUUUGUGAAAGCACAAAAUUGUUUUCCAUUUUGUUUUGAAUAUAAUUUAGAUCUAGAAAUAAGGUAUUUAAAUGUUCGGCCAGAGAGAUAAGACAGUCCUGUAGUGCAGGACUUGUAUAAGAAUUACCUUGUAUAAUUGUUUGUUUAUAAUAACGGUAACAGUCUGUUGGGCAUUAUUUUAUGUCAAAGAAGGUCAUAAACUCUCCAUUGGUUUAUCUUUUUUCCCUUUAGGUGUAAUCUAGCAGCUGGAGUUUAAAAUGUAUGUGGUUUGCUGAGGACAGAGUUAAAAUUGCUUAAAUCAGGGACUACUUGUACUGAUUUAAUUUACUCACAAGCUCUUUGGAGGCCUGCAAUACGGAUGUUUGUGAAGGGUUAUUGGUGUCAGUCAUAGGCUAGUUGCAAAUUAAUGCUUGGGACCCAUUUAAUAGUUACGUAGAUUAUUAUUGGUAAUGAGCCAUUUACAUGAACAGGUAAGUUGAAAAUGCAUAAGAGAAAGACUGUAGUUGUCUGACUUCAGGUGCUAAGAAGAAAGUCGAGUUACCAUGCAACUGAGUCCAAGAGACAGCCACAUGCCUCUCCCUUUGGCUCCACCCUGUGCGCUUGUCUCCUUGUAACUGUGCCUGCACAUAAUCUUCAUCUGUGGCCUGCAGUGGGUCAGUUAUCAUGGUGCUGGACCUGGUAAGGUGGGUUAGAGGUGAACCUUGUCACAUGUCUAGUUGCUGAAAGACUUAUUUGUUCUUGUGGGGAAUUAGGGUAGAGGAUGAAUCCCUAAAUGAGUUCACUUUUAUCCCCACUGCCUAUAUCCUUCCUUUUUGUCUCACUACCCCUACUAAAGCCACUCUACAGAUGAUUUAUCACAAGGUGCCUUAAGUACAAGGAGUGUGUCUGAAAUAAGAGCCAUAGAUGUCAUUAAUCCAAGGGAUUUCUUCUUGUUUCUCUGCCCCUUUGGGUAGAGGGGAGUAGAGGAAGUUUCCUUGACUUCCUUAGGUCAGGCAAGGAGAGCCCCUGUAGGCUGUUCCUGGAGAUAUAAGCUGUUCAUUAGACUGCCUUGUUGCUGUAAGACAAGUAGUGGAAUGGUGUUUUGAGUUUCCUGACACCGUAAGAUCUUUGCCUUUUAAAAUCAUAUGCUGCUGUCAGAUAUUGAGGAACACCAGAGGACUACUCCUUUUGAUACACUGAUGCUAAAUCUGAGGACCAGAGGACCACUAGAUAGACGCAGAAGGGCAUUCCUUGUGGCCAUUCAUCAUUUUCUCUAAAAAAAGCAUCUGAAUCCAGCGUUGCAAGUGGUGUGUGCUUAUGUAUAUUGAGGCUGGAUAAGAGACCAAAGCAAAAAAGUUUUGGGUUUUUGUUUGUUUUUUUUUUUUUGAACUACAAGUGUGAAAGAAAAGACUGUUUCUCUUUUUGUCAUAUCUGGGAAAAUAUUGGAUGUGACAAUGUCAUGUAGAUGUAGCAGACAAUAAUAAUUGGUGGAAUAAAAAACUGGGGACUGAUUAUGUUAAAUCCCUUGGCUAUUUAGACUGUGAGAGAAGCCAGGAGUUUAGCAGGAGUCAAAGUGCAAAGUCAUUUAUCUAAAGUUGAUUUGCAGUAAAUACCAACUAAAUAAAGUUUUAGAAGGUACAUAAGAUGUAUUUGAACCCUGCAGUCUUGCUAAAAGGAGCAAAUAUAUCUUGCUAGGAGGAGAAUUUCUGUGGGGCUAUUCCAUGUUUGCCUCCAAAGACUCUCUGUCAACUUACUCUGAAACACUGGUGCUGUUGCAGCUGAAGACACAUCAGGCCGGGUGGAUCAUGGGUCUGACUCCCCUUGGCUUUUCUGUUCUGGAUUUUACAUGUUGCUUUCUCAGAAGCUUCAUCACAAGUACCCUUUAUGAGGCAGGGAUAGUGGAAGAAUUUGGUGAUCAGUGAUGGUUAUCUGGAAAGGUGACUCAAGUCACAGAAUCCUAGAAUGCUUUGGGUUGGAAGGGACCUUUAGAGGUCAUCUAGUCCAACCCCCCUGCAGUGAGCAGGGACAUCUUCAAAUAGAUCAGGUUGCUUAGAGCCCCAUCCAACCUGCCUUGAAUGUUUCUAGGGACGGGGCCUCCACUAGGUCUUUGGGCAACCUGUUCCAGCACUUCACUACCAUCAUUGCAAGAAGUUUCUUUUAUCCAGUCUAAAUCUACCUUCCUUUAGUUUAAAACCAUUACCUGUUGUCCUGUCACAACAGGCCUUGCUAAAAAGAUUGUCCCCAUCUUUCCUAUAGUUCCCCCUUAAGUACUGAAAGGCUGCAAUAAGGUCUCCCCACAGCCACCUUUUCUCCAGGCUGAACAACCCCAACUCUCUCAGCCUGUCCUCGUAGGAGAGGUGCUCCAGCCCUUGGAUCAUUUUUGUGUCCCUUCUCUGGAACCGCUCCAACAGUUUCAUGUCCUUGUGUUGAGAGCUCCAGAGCUGGAUGCAGUACUCCAGGUGGGGUCUCACAAGAGUGGAGCAGAGGUGCAAAAUCACCUGCCUCAACCUGCUGGCCACACUUCUUUUGAUGCAGCCCAGGAUGCAGUUGGCCGCCUGGGCUGGGAGUGCACAUUGUUGGCUCAUGUCCAGCUUUUGAUCCAUCAGUACCCCCCAAGUUGUCCUCUGCAUGGCUGCUCUCAAUCCCUUCAUUCCCCAGCCUGUAUUGAUGUUAGGGGUUGCCCCAACCCAGGUGCAGGACCUUGCACUUGGCCUUGUUGAACCUUGUGAGGUUCUCACAGACCCACCUCUCCAGCUUGCCCAGGUCCCUCUGAAUGGCAUCCCAUCCCUGAGAUGUGUCAACCACACCACUCAGCUUGGUGUCAUCUGCAAACUUGAUGAGGGUGCACUUGAUCUCCUAUGUCAUUGAAAAUGUUAAACAGUACUGGUCCCAGUACGGAUCUCUGAGGGACACCACUUGUCACCAGUCUCUGUUUGGACAUCAAGCCAUUCAUUGACCGCUACACUAUGGAUGUGACCAUCCAGCCAAUUCCUUAUCCAUCAAACAGUCCACCCAUCGAAUCUGUAUCUCUCCAAUUUAGAGAGAAGGAUGUUGUGGGAGGACUGUGUCAAAGGCCUUACAGAAGUCCAGAUAGAUGACAUCUGUUUCUUUUCCCUUGUGCACUGAUGCAGCCACUGCAUCAUAGAAAGCCACUAGGUUGGUCAGGCAGGACUUGCCCAUGGUGAAGCUAUGCUGGCUCUCUUGAAUCACCUCCCCGUCCUCCAUGUGCUUUAGCAUAGCUUCCAGGAGGAUCUGUUCCAUGAUCUUCCCAGGCACAGAGAUGAGGUUGAUAGGUCAGUAGUUCCCCAGGUUCUCCUUUCUACCUUUUUUGAACAUGGGCACAAUGUUUCCCUUCUUCCAGUCCCCAGGGACUUCACCUGACUGCCAUGACUUUUCACAUAACAUGCAGAGUGGCUUGGCAACUACAUCAGCCAAUUCCCUCAGGACUCUGGGAUGCAUCUUGUCAGGUCCCAUGGACUUGUGUAUGUUCAGGUUCCUCAGGUGGUCACAAAACUGAUCUUCCCUUACAGUGGGAAGGGCUUUACCACCCCUGGUCCCCAUCUUGUGGUCCAUCGACUUGGGAUGAGGAGAGAGAUCACCAAUGAAGACUGAGGCAAAAAAGUUGUUGCGUACCUCAGCCUUCUCCUCAUCUGUUAAUACUACGUUGCCAUUCUUGUUCAUCAGGGAGUGUGUGCUUUCUUUAACCUUUUUCUGGUUUACAUACCUGUAGAAGCCUUUUUUGUUAUUCUUUGCAUCCUUUGCCAAAUUCAGAUCCAGCUGUGCCUUGGCCCCCUCCUGACCCCGUCCCUACACAACUAACUGUACAGCAUCCCUAUAAUUUUCCCAGGAUACCUGUCCCUGCUGCAGUUCCCUCUUGCUCUUUAGUUUGACCAGCAUGUCUUGACUCAGCCAUGCUGGUCUCUUCCCUUGCCUGAUUUCUUACACCUGGGGACUGAGAGCUCUUGUGCUCUAUGGAAUGUGUCCUUAAAGAUCCGCCAGCUCUCUUUCGUUCCCUGUCCCUGUGGACGGUUUCCUAGGGGUCCUUCUGACUUGUUGAAGAGCUGGAAUAUUGCUUUCUUGAACUUCAGGGUACUGAUUAUACUCCCCACUUUUCCCAUAUCCCUCAGGAGUGUGAACUCCACUAAUGUGUGAUCGCUGCAACCCAGGCUGUCUCCAAUCUUGAUAUCACUGAUGAGCUCACUUGCAUUGGUGACCAUCAGGUCCAGUAUUGCAUCCCCUGGGGUAGGGGUGUCUAUUACCUGGUGUAAGAAGUUAUCCUCAAUGCAUUCUAGGAAUCUCCUGGAUUGCCUACAGCUUGCUGUGCUACUUUUCCAACAUAUGUUGGGGUGGUUGAAGUCCCCCAGUAGGACGAGAGCCUGGGAGCACAAAGCCUGCUGGAGCUGGAGGAAGAAGGCUUCAUCAGUAGGCUCCCCUUGACCAGGUGGCCUGUAGUAGACACCAACCACAAGGUUCCCUUUGUUGCCUCUGUUUCUGAUUCCUACCCCUAAGCUUUUGACCUGCUUGUGGUUAUUUUUCAGGGACAGCUCGUCACACUGUAUCGAAUUCUUGAUGUAGAGGGCAACGCCUCCACCUCUCCUUCCUUGCCUGUCCCUUCUGAACAGCUUGUAGCCAUCAAUAGCCACAUUCCAGUCAUGGGAUUCAUCCCACCAAGUUUCAGUAACGGCAAUCAGGUCCUAGCUUUCUAGCAGCAUGGUAGCUUCCAGCUCCUCCUGUUUUGUUUCCCAUGCUGUGCGCGUUCGUGUAAAGGCAUUUCAUCUGGGCUGUUGGCCAUGUCCCUUGGGUAAGAAGCUGGAUGCCAGCCAUUAAGCUCAGAGCUAAGAAGGCUUUGCCAAGUAAUGACCUUGAAGUUUAGGAGCUGUGUCUGGAGAUGAUAAAUAGCUGGAGAUGGCCUCCCUGCAACUUCCAGGAUGCCCUGGUGACUAUCCCUCUCCUCAGAGGGAAGCAGUCUGCGCUCAGCUCACUGCUCCAAGCUGCUAGCAUAGUCUUUCAAUGGGGACCAUCUUGUAGCUGGUCAUACCUUUUUCAGACCUGUAUUUUUGUGAACUGUGAUGCUUGUGUGUCAGUCAUUAUCCAUGUGAUGUGAAUAUUUUUGAUGUCCUGUGAUUUCAAAAUUGAGUUCUCAGUGCCAAGCAUUUGCUUUCCAUGUCCUUCCAAGAUAUGAGUUUUAAAUGGAGGAGAGGAUAUUUUAGCAAAAUGUGGCACUGAACCUGUUGCUGAAGGGAACAUAUGAAGACUAUAGUGUGCUUGCAUUCCUUCUAUACUUGGUUUGUAUUGUUUAUAUUUGUGUUGUGGCUGAUUUGUAAUAAUAUAAUGGAACUUAUUCCCUUUAAAUAAACUUUUCACUAUGCA